UCACUGCUGAGGACAAGAGCCAAAGAAGACUACGGUGUUUAAGUCGUAAAAAAGAAUAGAGAAAAGGAGAAAAUGUCGGGCCAAAGGAAGUUCUUCGUGAUCGGGAACUGGAAGAUGAACGUGGACAAAGCCCGGAUCGACCACAUUGCCAAGUUCAUGUCGGCGGCCUCGUUGGACCCCAACACAGAGGCCGUGGUUGGCUGCCCUUCCUGCUACCUGUCCUACGCCCGCCAGAGACUCCCUGACGAGAUCGCUGUCGCCGCUCAGAACUGUUACAAGGUUGCCCACGGUAACUUCAGCGGCGAGAUUUCUCCCGCCAUGAUCCUGGACUCGGGCUGCGAGUGGGUCAUCCUGGGUCACCCUGAGCGAAGGACCAUCUUCAAGGAGCCCGACCAACUCAUCGCCGAGAAGGUCGCGCACGCGCAGCAGACUGGCAUCAAGAUAAUCGCGUGUCUGUGCGAGACGUCGGAGGACCGCGAGGAGGGUCGCACGGACGACGUCCUGUUCGGCCAGAUGAAGUCCCUCGCCGCCAGCAUCAGCGACUGGUCGCGUGUGGUGAUCGCCUUCGAGGCUCUGUGGGCCAGCAAUACCGGCGUCCUGGCCACAGCUGCGCAGGUACAGGAGGCCUUGGCCAAGCUGCGACACUGGCUGCGCGCCAACGUCAGCGACAAGGUGGCCAACAGCACCAGAAUCCUGUACGCAGGUUCCGUUUCGUCGAGCAACUGUCGAGAGCUGGCUCAGCUGGAGGACCUGGACGGCUUCCUGGUGGGGAGCGCGGCCCUCAGACCCGACAUCGUCGACAUCAUCAACGCCCGACGACCCGACGUGUCCAGCCUCAUUGCGCACUUCGACCGACCCGACGGCCGACGCGCCUGACGCGGGCGGCAGUGCGCUCUUUUUGCCCGCUGGGUUUUGUACAGAUAUUUAUGGACGAAUGUAAAUAUGGGCGUUAUCAUCCUAUGUAUUUCUCAUGUAUGUUUUGUUAUUCCCCCUUUUAACCGGCGAGGACUUUUUACUUUAC